AUGGAUGACGGCCCCUCGACGGCCGCGAAACGGCGCUCGGCCGAGACAAUCGCCCGGAAUGCCGUCGAUUUCGCAAAGCAGGCCGAGAAGCUCUCGCACAAGGAGCCGGCCGAAUCGCCCUCGUCGGUCGCCGUCCAGGCCCAGUUUGUCACCCCCCACGACCCCGUCAUCAUCACCUCGGACGGCGGCCGGCUGCCUGGCGUGCCCCUGGAAGAGGCGCACAAGCUCAACUUGCUGCGCGAUGAGCUCGAGGGCAAGCCUGAGACCAGUCACGCCGACAAAUCGCCGGACAAGACACCAAGUACAGACGACGGCGGCGGCGGCGACGACGACGACGACGACGAUGAGAGCCGUCGAGUCGUCCGACUCCCCCAACGGCACAAUGGCCUGUCAUUGCAAAAGUCGGCGGGCGGGACGCUGCGGCGGUCGAUGCCCCCUUCACAUACGAACCCCUUGUUUCCCCCCCUCCCGCUUUACGGCCCGCCAUCCAUCAUGCGUGAGAUCCAGUGUCUGUUUCUCCGGGUCUCAUCCUUCUUCCUGAGCCUGGCCUUCCUCGCCGUCAUCGUCCUCGGCGCACUCUUCACCAGCGCGCCGGCUUUCGCCAGCAAGGUUUUGCACAGGAUUACUCUGCGCAAUAUCGACCGGCGGCGCCCAUUCCACGACGAGGAGAAACGCCGCGCCGCCAUCAGGAGACAGAAGCAACAGAGCUGGGAGCGGAGAGGCGGCAGGGACCCCAUCGUCUGCGACGUGGGCUACUAUGCGAGGAGGGUAGGUCUCGACGUCGAGACGUUCCAGGUGCAGACCGAGGAUGGCUUCGUCAUCCAACUGUGGCACGUCUUCGACCCGAAAGAAUACGCAAAGCGAGACGAGCAGCAAAGGGGGCCGCGCGGGCCGACCGCCACCCCAAGCCCCGCCAAGCAGCCAGGCCAUGCGCACGAGAAACCAAAGUUCCCCGUGCUCUUGAUGCACGGCCUGCUCCAGAGCUCCGGGGCCUACUGCUGCAACGACGACGAGUCGCUGGCUUUCUGGCUCUGCAAGUCGGGCUUCGACGUCUGGCUGGGCAACAACCGAUGCGGGUUCAAGCCGCAGCACACCAAGCUGGAAUACAGCGACCCCCGGAUGUGGGCGUGGAACAUUCGCCAGAUGGGAGUCUUUGACCUGCCUGCUCUGACGUCGAGGGUCCUGACCGAGACGGGGUUCGAGAAGCUCGGCCUCAUCUGCCACUCGCAGGGGACGACGGAGACGUUUGUGGCUCUCGCCAAGGAGCAACGGCCUGGACUGGGGGACCGGUUGACCGUGUUUUGCGCCCUGGCACCCGCCGCCUACGCGGGACCGCUCAUUGGCAAGAUUCACUUCAAGUUUAUGCGCGUCAUAUCGCCGGCCAUGUUCCGAAUCAUGUUUGGGGUGCACGCCUUCAUCCCCUUUAUGAUGCAGAUGCACGCGCUGCUGCCCGCGCGGCUGUACGGAUGGCUGGGCUACAAGGUGUUUUCCUUUCUCUUCAACUGGUCCGACUGCCGCUGGGACCGCGGGCUGCGGGAUCGAAUGUUCCAGUUCGCGCCCGUCUACGUCAGCGCCGAGUCGAUGCGCUGGUGGCUCGGGCGGGAGUGCUUCGCCAAGCACAAGUGCAUCCUGGCCACGAGGGAAACGACAAAGGCCGAGGACCGGAUGGAUGCUGCGGACAACGGCGGCGGCGGCGGAGCUGAGUGGUCGGCCCCCGAAACAUCGAGCGACUCGGACCUCUCACGGGAGCGGACGGGCGCCACGGCGUGGUACGACAGCCACGCGCCGCCGUUUGCGCUGUGGGUGUGCGGCAGCGACGACCUCGUCGACGGCCAGCGGCUGCUGAGGCGGUUCAGAAACGGACGCGAGCCGCACGUGCGGGUGGUGCACAACAAGGUCAUUGACGAGUACGAGCACCUCGACGUCAUCUGGGCCAUGGACGCCGUGGACCAGGUGUUCAAGGAGGUGCGCGAGGUGCUGUGGAAGACGUGCCAUGCGCGCGACGUGUUCCGGGUGCCGACGGGGUGCGAGGGCGUCGCGGCAUGGAGUCCGGCCGAGAAGUGA